AUGGGUGGGACGUUGGCUGCUCCUCGUCACGCCGGCCCUUUAUAUACCUCCGGGCAGCGGCAUGGCGAGCACAUCUGGCCCCGGCAGCUGCAGGGACUCAGGCCCCGCUCUCUCGCCAUGGGCUCUCGUACAGGACCCACGAAGUCUGCCCUGUUCCUGCUCUGCUGCUUGGGAACCUGGCUGUCCUCCCACAUGUCCCCCAUCCGUCCGCUCCCACGGAAGGACCUGAAGAAGACGAUGGUGGAGUUGCGGUCCCUUUCUAAUAUGCUUCUGGACGACUUCAGGCGCAGAGAGAGGGGGAUGCAGAUAUCCGAAGAAUACAAGCCACCCUGCUUCAUGUCUGACCGCCACGCCCCAGACAACAUCAACGCCGCAGCCAUCCAGGCGUACUUCAAGGCCAUGGAGCCAUUCGCAGAUAACAAGACGGAGAUUAGAACCAUCAUCCACCAGCUCAGCAAGCUCAAGUCUCGAAAUGUGCCCGAAGUGAACGUUGUUGUGCCCACAGCCAGCUUUCCCCAGAAGUCCUUCACCCUGACUCUCUUACAGGAGCUGGCAAGCUGCAUGGGCCUCGCUUUACAGUCUCUGAACUCCAGACCCCAGCGGGCCGCGUAAGGCCGUCCGGUGGGCGCGCCCUUCGGAAUGGCAAUUGCACGACGCCUUACCAGCUGCCAGGUGACCGGCAGCUGCGGAGCUCUGCUGUGGGUUAUUAAGGAAAUUAUCCCGUGAGUAAUCCCAGCAGCUCCUCAGAGGGGCCAGCCCUGGGAGAGUUAAGUUUAUGAAUUAACUUUAAAAGA